UGAUAGGCGAGUCUAUCGGUCAGUUAUAGAAAUACGGAACAAAUCGCGUCCCGUAGCAACAUUUAACAGCCAAACAUGGGACAGUCCGUAUUUAAGGGACGGAGGCAACAUGUGAGGCAAAAACUUUAAAGGAACCGUUUUACUUUGGGCCGGUUGUUUGUAGCGAUGAGUUUUCCCUCCAGUCUGCUGGUUCUGGUUCUGCGGGUCGGACCGGACUCCUCCCAGGUCAUCCCCAUGUGUUGGUCGUCCCAGCAGGGCGGGAUGAGCGCAGAGGCGGCGGACCGGGUCGCCGCGGUGACCGGCAGCCGGCCCGGCACGCCGCUGCAGGUGUCCUGGUUCGAGUUCUUGCUGGACGGCGGCCUGCUGGAGACACACCUGCAGAAAGCCAGCCCAGCAGACCCGGCGCCGGUCCAGCUCAUCGUCCAGUUCCUGGAGCAGGCCUCCAAGCCGUCGGUGAACGAACAGAACCAGGUGCAGCCGCCGGCAGACAACCGCAGGAACCGGACCCUGAAGCUGCUGGCGCUGAAAGUCGCCGCUCACAUGAAGUGGGACCUGGACAGCCUGGAGAGAGGGCUGACCAUCCCGGUGGUCAACAUGCUGCUGAACGAGCUGCUGUGCGUCAGCAAGGUUCCGGCCGGCGUGAAGCACGUGGAGCUGGACCUGUCCACCCUGCCGCCCACCACCGCCAUGGCCGUCAUCAUCUACAACCGCUGGGCCAUCAGGACCAUCGUUUUGAGCAGCUUUCCAGAGAAGCAGAACAAACCAGGACCUCAUCAGAUGAACAUGCUGAGCGUGGUGCAGCAGGAGAAGGAGCUGAUGGAGAACAUCCUGGCGGUGCUGAAGGAGCAGGCGGCCGACUCGGUCAGCGUCCUGGACGCCGCGCUGCGCCUCAAGAAGGACUUCUACGUCCACACGCUGCGGACGCUGGACCUGCUGGGCUCCGACGCCGCCGCCGCCAACGGAGAGACCGAGUCCUCCACCGCCGGCCUGCGGAUCAGCGCCGACGAGCUGCACUGCCAGGUGCACUACGACCUGGGAGCCAUCUUCUUCCAGCGGGGCUGCACGGACCAGCCGGCCUAUCAGAAGGCCCGGGACCACUUCAGGAUGACCAAGGAGCUCCUGAAGAAGCUGGACCAGGCCGUCCACGUCCACCUGGACGAGAAGCGCCUGGCCGGCUACUGGAACGCCUGCAAGGCUCUGACCGGCGACUGCGACCCGGCCGACACGCACACGACCCGCUACGACCAGAUCCACAGCCUGAUCCGGAACCAGGACUACCAGGCCGUGGUGGAGGCCUUCAUCAGGGACAACGCUGCCCGCAGCUUACCGACCCACUUCAGGCGCUCGGUUCUGAGGGAGCUGCUGUAUCGGGCCCAGCAGGGGUGAGUUCAGAACCGACCCAACUCUUCCUCUGCCCGCCUGGCAGACAGAACCAUCUGCUCCAGACCUGGAGGAAUUCCAAACA